AUGGUAGGGAUGACGUGGCAUGGCAAGUGGGAAAAAGACCUUGUCGCAAGCGCUAGUUAACAAGAAUCAGCUCUCAACUUGGGAACGAAUGUACUUCAAUACAAGGCUUGCAUAAUCUGUUACUGUACAGAUAUAGUAUUAAGUACUUGGAGAUUUUACAUAGCAGCUUGUAAUACAAAUAAUUAAAUCAGGUGGCCUAUUUUCUGAAAAUAUCGAUUUGCAAGCUUUGAGUGCAUAUAAUGGAUUCUAGUUAAGUGCUAUAUAUCAAUAAAAGUUCGACAUGAUUGAAAUUUAUGGCGUUCGUGAGUAAUGCUACGUUUUUCAAACCAUGAGAUACCUUUCUCACGGGGUAUAUCCAUUUUCAUGGGCUAUUUUAUUUUCAAUGUGUAUAGGAGAAAUAAGUUCCGAAGGAAUUUCGUGCUUCACAUGCACAGUAGCACCGGUAGCAGGCGCAAUUCAAGAAACUAGUCAGAUUUGCAGUCAGUUUGAUGGUAGCUCGAAUUAUCAAACUUACUGUUCGAAAUCAACCCUUUGUAUGAAACGAACUAUUCACCAUAGGCUCGGAAACGGAAGUAUAGUUCGAACAAGUGUGGAACGAGGUUGUGCGCUCCAGCUUGACGUUUUCCAUUCUUAUGAUUUCGCUGAGCGAGCAUGGCAUAGACAAGAUAAAAUAGUUCAGUCAGUAUACCAGGAAGGAUGUUUUGUAGGCGAAGAUAGAGGUUCACCAGGUGGUCCACCUGAAUACUGUUACUGUCAGUAUCCACUAUGUAAUCGUACAGAAACUCUCAAUGGACAAAAUUAUAUGAUAUAUAUAACUUGUUAUUUGCUGACCAUUUCUUCACUUAUAUUCGCAGUAAGUUGAUAACUCAGAAUGAUUCAGCCUCAAUGAUCGGCGUGAGUCACGAUAUAUCCAUUGUUACUAUUAAUUCACGCUGACACGGGAAUGAUUGACAGAGAAAAGCUAUGUGCAUCACUAAUGUAUAUAAUUUUGAUUUUUGUUUUUUUUCUUUCACUAAACUAGCGAA